GUUCGUCCGCAUUUGUCUGGCUUUGCUUAUCAUACAGCAACUUUUUUGCCGCUAACUUUCAAUCAUAUUCUCGUGUAAGAUUUCCCAGAAGCAAAUUCUGGUGGUUAGGCUUCCUUUGUACAAAAGUUCGGCACUGCUGGAAUAAUUGAAUACGCCUUCGGAAUGUUACAUGCAGCCGCAGCCUGAACUCGGCAUUCAGACGAACAUUUGUUUCACAUUCGGCGAUUUGAGAUUCCACUGUUCGUGAAUAGUUAGUGUUUACAUAGAACUUGUGUAAAACUUGAUCAAAUAUUCCGGAAUCAGUUUCUCUGCAGCAACUUACUUAGCGCUGCGGUGUUUGUGCCCGGCGUUCCGCGUCUGCGAAACUUUGCUCAUUGUCCGUUAUUGCUCGGUCAUGUACCGAAAUGUUAUUCAUUAUUACCUUUCACGCUGUUUAUUCCCUCCAUCUUUCCACGAGCAACUGAUGCAAUACCGAAACUUUCCACCGCCUUUAACUUUUCAGUUUUUCACUAGACGCGUAGUUUUAGACGCUCAAGCUGUUAUUACUCUCAAAGUUCAAGUGAUGGAGUCUCGAAAGUGUUCCUCCGUGCUAUUAAUUUCAAUCCCAAGAACCCGGUUCUAAAAGUGUCUAUAAACAAGUGAGUGCGGAAAUUUAAACCAGUGUUUGGUGCGGAUGAGAGGAUGGUCGCGCGGGCGCGUUAGCGCGCGGAGGCAGGGUGUCGGGGCGCGAGCGCGAGCCGUGGGCGCACGACCACCGCCAUGUGACGUGCGGGCGGCGCUGCGCCUGCUGCGGGGCGCCGCGAUGCGCUGACAUGGACGAGGGCUACUGGCGCGGCGCGUGCUCCUCGCUGUCGCUGCACGACGCGCACGGCAGCGCGAGCCAGCUGUGCGCGCGCCACGCCCCCCAGGCCCACGCCCACGCCCACGCGCGUCCACGCGUGCAGCACGUGCACCACCACGCGUGCCCCGUGCACAGCCCGUUCAGACAGCCCACGCCCGAGUACUGCGCCGCACAUGCUCAGGCCCUACUCCAAGCGCACGACGUGGUCGCGCGCGAAGUGUACGGCGAGGAGUCGCUGCGAGCGUCGCCGCCGCCGGUCAACGGCCGCGGGACCGCGCUGCCGCCCGAUGACGAGGAGGAGCCGGAGCCCGAGUUCGAGAACGUGACACGAGUCAGACUCGUGCAGUUCCAGAAGAACACCGAUGAGCCCAUGGGCAUAACCCUCAAGCUAGCGGACGACGGGCGCUGCAUCGUGGCUCGCAUCAUGCACGGCGGCAUGAUCCACCGCCAGGCGACCCUGCACGUGGGCGACGAGAUCAAGGAGAUCAACGGCAGCCCCGUGGCCAAUCAGAGCGUCGCGCAGCUGCAACGGAUGCUGCGUGACGCCCGCGGUUCGGUAACCUUCAAGAUCGUCCCGUCGUACCGCUCCGCACCGCCCCCUUGCGAGCUUUUCCGGAUUAAGCCUUCGCCGGUGCUAAUAUUCGUGCGAGCGCAGUUCGACUUCGAUCCACUAGAGGACGAUCUGAUCCCGUGUGCUCAGGCCGGCAUCGCCUUCACUACUGGGGAGAUAUUGCAGAUAAUAAGCAAAGACGACUCGCACUGGUGGCAGGCGCGCAAGGACUGCGCGGGCGGUUCAGCCGGCCUUAUUCCGAGCCCCGAGCUGCAGGAGUGGAGGGCCGCCUGCAUAGCUUCAGACAAGUCCGCCACGGACCAAGUGGGAACUGAGGGCUGCGUCUCACACACUGACGGCUGCGAGAAUACAGUAAACUGCUCUAUUUUCGGACGUAAGAAGAAACAAUCCAAGGACAAAUAUUUGGCGAAACACAACGCGGUCUUCGACCAGCUUGACGUCGUCACUUACGAGGAAGUCGUCAAACUACCUUCGUUCCAGCGCAAAACCAUAGUUCUCCUCGGAGCUCACGGCGUGGGGCGGCGCCACAUCAAGAACACGCUCAUAGCGAGGCACCCCGACCAGUACGCCUACCCCAUACCGCACACGACUCGGCCGGCUCGUGCGGAUGAAGAGAACGGCAGACACUACUACUUCGUGACCCACGAGGAGAUGAUGGCCGACAUCGCCGCCAACGAAUACCUUGAAUAUGGCACCCACGAAGACGCGAUGUACGGCACAAAGCUCGAGACAAUCCGCCGCAUCCACUCGGAGCGGCGCAUCGCGAUCCUUGACGUGGAGCCGCAAGCUCUGAAGAUAUUGAGGACUGCUGAGUUCGCGCCCUAUGUGGUGUUUAUUGCCGCGCCGCCGCUCAAUAAUGUUGCUGAUUACGACGGCUCGCUAGAAGUCCUAGUCCGCGAAUCCGAGCAACUCCGCCGAACCUACGGCCACUACUUCGACCAGACGAUCGUGAACAACGACAUCGAUGACACUCUGGCGCAACUGGAAGCGUCGCUCGUGCGCCUGCGCAGCGCCGCCCAGUGGGUGCCCGUGUCCUGGGUUUAUUGACAGAACCACUAUUACUUGUAAACUGGCCACUCUUUGUACGCCUUUUGAACGGAUUUCUGGGGUUUGUUGGGGUUUGGGGAAUGGAAAAAAUGGGUAGUACAGUCAGCUUGGUUUAUAA